CGAACCACAACCAAAAGGCUAAAGAGGGGGAGUGUAAUUCAUAAACCCACCGAGAAGAGGCCCCGAGGAGGUUGUAAAAACAGAAGUAAAGCAUACCAACAUGCCCAGAGGCCUCAGCUGCUUGGCGAGCCCUGAGGGGCCAGACAGCGGGUAUGAGACCCCCCCAGCUUCAGAGCUCCAGAGGCUGAUGUGGACAAAGAAAGGGAGCAGCAACCAUCUGGAUGAGGUUCAGCACAGGAUCUAUAUUGGAGACAUGUAUGCAGCCAAAGACAAAAGGACUCUCCAGGCUCAUCACAUCACACACGUACUCAACGCAGCUGAUGGGAAAUUCAACGUGAACACCGGCCCCAGCUUCUACCGAGACACCAAAAUCACUUAUCAUGGAGUGGAAGCUUUUGACAUGCCAUCCUUUAACUUGAGUCCCUUCUUUUACCCGGCGGCCAAUUUUAUCAAGAACGCUUUAAGCUGUCCCACAGGUAAAGUCUUCGUCCACUGUGCGAUGGGUCUGAGCCGCUCGUCCACCUUGGUUCUGGCCUACCUGAUGAUCCACCAAAACAUGACGCUGGUGGACGCGCUCAAAGCUGUCAGUGCCAACAGAAACAUCUCGCCAAACGCCGGCUUCCUUGAGCAGCUCCGAGACCUGGACAAAAAGCUGCACUGCCAGGCAUCAGCCAGGCUCUCCAGUUCCAACAGGCUGACUUGAGAUGAA